AAACAGGGAGUCAUCGAGUUGCAUAAUUAUUUAACGAGCGUGUACGAGGAGCGUGACGCUCGGACUACUCUACUCACAAUGGUGCAGGCUCUGAAUCAUGCUAAGCAUGGCGUCGACAUCGUCUCAGGCACCAGGGUAAGAACACACUUUGCGAGGCCCAAUUGGAAAGAAGUUUUCACCAGAAUAGCUUCGAAGCAUCCGAAUUCGACCGUAGGGGUGUUUUAUUGUGGCGCGCCGACGCUAGCGAAAGAACUGAGAGGAUUAUCGCACGAGAUGAGUCACAGAACAUCGACGCGGUUCCACUUCCACAAGGAGUACUUCUAAUUGCCGCAGGAGGUGAUAGAGGAUAAAGGAAAAAGAAUCAAAAAAUAGAAAAGAAAGACAAAAUUUUGCAUACUUGUUUAAAAGUAAUAGAAGGUAAACAACCCUCAUCCUCUACAUUUGUAAAUGUACAUACUACAAAGUAGAGAGGGAAUUAGCAAAAUGAGUUAACAAAAUGGAGGGGGCUCAAAGCUCUCUCAAUCAUCAAUUUUCAUAGCUAUACAUGUACAAAUCAUUAUUAUUAAUUAUUAAUAAUAAGAAAUCAGAGGUAACUAAUAUGAAUAUAUAAUUACUUUGUUUCCUUUCA